AGAAUUAUAAUUUGUUUUCUAAGGCACAGAGGGACGCGGCCAACAUAUGCAUUACAACGAGCGACGAGUACUAGAACUACAACUAGAUUCCUAAAGAGGUGGAACGUCAAAAUGCCGAUCCCUUUUCGGUCGUUUCCGUCUUCGUUUCCCGGGGGUCGGCACCUUUCGUCUACCCCCGCCGUGGCGGCUCUCGCCGGAGCGGGGGCUUGGUUAACAGGGCGCAGAAGUUGUGAAGUGGACAAUGGCCGCACUAGCCAACUAAGUUCUAGCCCUGCAGCAGGAGCAGGAACGGGUUCUUUCAUGAGGCAAAAUAAACCCGUGUUCUGCGAACAACAGCCGACUUCGACUGCUGGAGCUAGUGCGACUGCUGGGCCAGUCAACCCAACGUUGCUUGCCGAGGCCGGUGGUGGGGGCGGUGGAUCGCAUUUAUUGCAGCAGAACAACAACCCAGCAGCAACAGACGUAGCUGCGAAAAAAGAGCGGGACGAAUUUCUGAAAAAUGCUGGUGUAGCAUCUACACCAUAUCCCCCUCCACUGCAAGCUGAACGAACCGACGCAGCAGGCCGACCAGGUGUGGCCGGAAAAAUUAUCGGGGCAAUCACAGACGAUCCGAAUGCGGAUCCUUUUUCUUCAGAUAACCACCUUCAACCACAGCCCGUUGACCGCAAGAGCUCAAACACAGCAUCUUCCGCAACUUCAAAAUUCGUUCACGACACCUCAAAUAGUACAAGCAGCGCAGCUUUGGGUAUUAACGCCAAGACUUUUGAAGAGGAGUACCAGUUUGAGUUUUCGAAGAGCAGAAGCAGCUUGCUGCGCUUACCAGAACCACGUGACGCUUUUGUUUGUCGUGCAGCGACGUUGCAUGAUGAUUCGGAUUCCGCAGGUGCUGGAGCAGGUUGCUCACCUCCCGCGAAUGAACAGAUCAUCACGAAGCGCGACCUCUCCAACAACGAAACCAUCGCGAUCAUCGGCUCUGGCGCUGCGGGCUUAUCCGCCGUCGAGACCCUUCGCACCGAGGCGAAGUUCACCGGUCGGAUAUUACACUGAAAAAUGCCCCCACCCCGGAAUUAUUUGCAGAAGUUUGUCAUGCAAAGUUUUCAAAUGAAAGCUUUCUGUCUUGCAUAAAAGGAUUGCGAGCGUUUCCGAUGCAGAAGCAGGGUGCGCAAUGUGCCUUGUGCAUAACAGAUCCGGCUGCUGUAGGGCUACUUCGCAACACAAAUUUGACCUAUUCAGCAUGGAAAAUUUGUGAUGCUGAGAUAUGCAAGACGGGGAAUGCGAAUGCUUCUGUUGGAAAGGUUUGCAAUACAAAUGCUGCCAAGCUGGGGGUGGGGGCAUUUUUCACUGUAAUAUCGGAUUGUCCUGAUCUCCAAGGAGCCCGGGUCGGACUACCCGAUUUUCCGGGUAUCAAAUGCAAAUAUGUCUGGGUCUGGAGGGUUGCAACUUGUGAUGCUAUUUCUGGAUUCUAGAAAACUCUGUAUUGCAUGACCAGUAAGAGGAGUCCACUUUGUGCUACGCGGUGGAGAGGGCAUUUCUCAUGCGGAGUAGGCAUCAGCAAGCCGUCUAAAAAUCUGUGAUGCUACGGCAUGCAUUACGGGAGUUAUGAGUCAUGGAAAAUCUGCAUGACAGACAUUUUUGCAUUUGAUACCGGGCGCUGCUGAGCAAGGACGCGGAGCUGUUCGAAACCGCGUCAAAGCAGCGGUUUCAAUCCUUUUUCGACAAUAUGUACUGCAAUUAUGUCUGGAGGGUCUGGAAGAUCGCAACUUGUCAUGCUAUGUCUCGAGCCCAAAAAAAUUUGUAUUGCAGGAACGCCAAAAGUUGCCCAAGUCUUGCUGGGCAAAAGGCGGAUUUCUCAUGCGGAAUAGCCAUGAGGAGGGUCUCGCAAAAUCUCUGAUGCUUCUGUGUGCAUUCCAGACUAUGUGCUUGUCCGCGAGAUGAAUGACAAAUCUCGAAAUCUUCCAGACCCAGACAUUUUUGCAUUUGAUAGACAAGUACGAAGUGGACUUUUUCCACGAAACCGAGGUCACCAAGAUUGACGGGGAGAUAUGCAAUGCAAAAACAUCGUACUAGUAUAAGUUGCAUCACAAAUUGACUUAGCAUUACAAAUUCAAUUUGUAUUGCGGAUUUGCCUCUAAGAAAAAGCUUUUUGAUGCAUAAACGCAAUUAGUACGAGUACGAUACUUUUGCACAGGAUAGGAAAAAAACCUGGUGUAUUUCCAAUCGACGUCGAAAUUUGGGAAGAAGAACAAAAUUCUCGCAGAUGAGAAGAACAUUCUGAACAAGCAAGACUUGAAGUUCGACAAGCUUCUGAUUUCCACCGGGUCCAGUCCGAAGGCCGUUUUUGUUCCCGGGGCGCAGAACAUGGCGAACGUGUUUACGUACCGCACGAAAAAAGACUUUGACAACUUGAUGAAACAAAUUAACCUCGUCUCCUCCACCGGUAGUGGUAUCGCAUCUACUUCAAAAACCGCGAAAAACAGUAAUUCCAACCUGACCAGAAACGGAAAAAAGUGCAUCAUCGUUGGGGGCGGCGUCACGGGCAUGGAAUUAGCGAAUCUUCUCACGGGAGGGGAGGACAUUGCCUGCCAAGUGACGAUAUGCAUUGCAAAAGCAUCGUAGUAGUAUGAAUCGCAUGACAAAUUUCCUUGGCAUGAAAAGUGAGAUUUGUAAUGCGGAUUUACCUUGCGAUCGAGAUUUGUAUAUGCAUGAAUGCGAUUUUAGUACGAGUACGAUACUUUUGCACAGGAUAGACGAUGUUGGACAAGGCCCCGCUCCCCUUCGAGAAACGGUUCGGGAAACGGGUGGGUGCCUAUGAGAGUGCACAACUCCCCCUCCCCCUCAUUUGUAUUGCAUGAACGGCAAUACAAGCAUCUGCAAGAGUGCCGGUUUUCCAUGACAAAUUUGCACUGGAGUGCCGUGCUAUUUGGGCUUCGAGAACUUGUCAUGCAAACUGUGCCAAGAGACAACACAAAGGGUGGAUUGGAUAUUUUGCAUGACAAAUGAGGGGGAGGGGGAGUUCGAGUUGUGCACUUUCAUAGUGCCGGGCUGGCGAAGCACCUGGCGAUGAACAAAGUCUUGUACUUUGGAAAUACGACGGUGAAGCAGUUUAAGGGCGGCAUCGGGAUGUAUGGCGUUCUCAAACGUUACAUUCUCAAACGUUACAUGAAUUUGUAAUGCAAGAAUGGCAAAAGUGACCGGAGGAAGACUGCGCCUUCUGCAUUACAGGUUUGGGACGGAUUGUAGUGCUAUUUAGCGCGUCGAGAAGUUGUCAUGCUGAGAAGGCUUGAUCGCAUGAAGAGUGAUAGUGUUCUUGCAUGACAAAUCAUGUAACAGUUGAGAGUGUAACAGCUGAGAACCCCAUAGGAUGGUAAACGCCGUGGAGCUGGACACGGGGGACGUCUUAUAUCAUUUGUAAAAUAAACGUCCCCAACCGCAUAGUUGUCAUGCACAUGCGCAAUGACAAAAUGCGCAUCUCCAUGAGACGCAUUUCCUUUUUCAAUCGUGUUCUGGCAUUUGUAAUGCUGUAAACAGGACGAGAGAAUGGCUCUCUCAUGCGGCCUCCCUUGCUAAACACCAUCACACUGCAGAUGGGAACUUGUUGUCAUGCACAACUCACAAAACCUCGAGAUUUGUGUUGCAGAUUUCCCAAGAACUUGACUAUGGAGUGGGGACGUUUUUGCAUAGGACGUCUUACCCUGCGACUUCGUGAUUAUGUGCGUCGGGAACUUGGUCGGCAACACGGUGCCCAUGAUUACUCCGGGAGGGAGUGUGGCGAAAGCGAGGGAUGUAUCAAAUGCAAAUAUGUCUGGGUCUGGAAGAUUCAAAGGUUUGUCAUGCAUAUUUUGUAUGACCCAUGACGCCUGUGAUGCAUGACCUAGCAUCGCAGACUUUAUUUAGGGGGCUUUCUUAUGCCUAAUCCGCAUGGCAAACGCAAAUGCCUGCUCCGUGCAGCAGAAGCUGGGCUCCUCUUGCUAGUGAUGCAAUACAGAUCUUUUUAUGUUCCAAGGACAGCAUCACAAGUUGUAACCCUCCAGACCCAGACACUUUUGCAAUGUAUAGGAUGGGUCCCUCCUGUGUGAUCCCUUCCUGAACUGCAGCGGUAUGAUUGAAAAUAAAAACGAUGCUCGUUUGCGUUUCUGCUUGUUGUACAACUUAGAGGUCUACUGCCGUAAAUUAUCCAUGUGGUCGUGUCAUAGAAGACGAGACAGAGAGGUUCACAACUACCUUCACGUCUGAUCAGAAUGAAAAUCAAACUAGGCUUUUCCAACUUUGAUGAAAAUACCUCAGGCUUCUCCAUUGUGGGCGAAGCAGAAGAUUCGUCUUCAAGUGCUGGAGACAUUUUCGCUGCUGGAGACGUGGCGACCUACCCGGACGUGAGAACGUCGAAAUACCAACGGGCAACGCAAUGGAACACCGCAGUGGAUCAGGGAAGAGUCGUAUGCAAGAAAAAACGAUGGAGGUAGUAGGUGUAGUACCUUUUUUUGCGAAAGAGCAUUUAUACAAAUCUUUUUGGCGUGACAGACAGGAAAGACUUGUGGUCAUGAUCCGGCGCAGAUACGACUACGUAAAAGAGACCCCGCGUGAACGGGCCGCCCUGCAGAGCAUGACCAGCAGGAGAGUAGACGCAAUCGUCUUGCAUGUUGCACAUCUUCACGAUAAAGCUCCUACGCCUUGCAAUCUUUUUUUUGUUGGAUAAGUUGCCGCACUGAACAUGGUUGGGGACUUGGCGAAGUUGCGGAAGGAAAAAGAAGAGAAGAUGAAGAAAAAGAAAAAAGCCUCCAGCGGCGCGUCAUCGGAUUCAUCCGGAGGUACUAGUCCCCCCGCACCAGCUCCUCGAAGUUCUGAAACUCCCCAAGGACGACUCCCCAUGAUGAACAAAAUUCCAUACAUCAACGACAUUCCGUAUUUCACUACCCGGAUUUUCAACAAAAAAAUCGAAUUUAUCGGGCAUGUCGACACGCUAGAGCAUUCGGUUGUCGAAGGCGACAUUGACAGCAUGAAGUUUUCCGUUUUCUACGUGAACCAGCGGGAUGAAAUUACCGGGCUACUCACCGUGGGGAGGGAGGAGAAGGAAGAGACGAGGUUUUUGUCCCUGGCCGUCCAAUAUGAAAUGCAAGUAUGUCUGGGUCUGGAAGAAUCCACCGAACUUGUGAUGCUAAACUAGGAUUCCAAAGAAAUCUGUAUUGCUGCAGCGAAGGGAAUGCAAUUUUUUCUGCGUGGAGAGGGUAUUUGUCAUGCGGAAUAGGCAGCAAGAAACCCGCAAAAAAUGAAAAUCUGUGAUGCUAGAGCAUGCAUCACUGACAUCAUGGCUCAUGCAAAACGUGCAUGACAUCAAGUCUCAGAAUCUUCCAGACCCAGACACAUUUGCAAUGCAUAUCCAACAACUGAUGGAACAGCGGAAAAUGCCGAAGGCGUCGGAAGUGAUCAUUGGUUUGGUGAUAUCGCAAGAAAACAACCAGAGUGAACAGUACAUCAUUGUGUUGCAGGCAUAGCAAGACAGACAAGCUCUUUCAUGCCGGAUAUGCAUAGAAGGAUCGUUGUUCCAUACGUGGUCUUUUCCCGUAGGAUUUCUGCAAUGCAACUUUUCUUCCUCAAUAUGCAGAGAAAUUUGUGUUGCUGAAUUGACAACAAGUGUGUAACUGUAACACUUAUUUUCGUCUCAUAGGUGAACGCCGAGGCCCUGGUACGGAAGUGGAAGAAGGAAUUCGGAAUUAGCAGCGAGCAGCUGCAGCUGUUAUCUUCUUCAACAGCGUCGUCGUCGGGCGGGAAGAUGAAACAGAGAACGAAAGCGACCGGAGCAAGAAGUGCUUCUGGUGCUGGAGGUUCUUCUGGUAGUGCGGCUUCGGGAACGGAAGAAGAACAGUCGGAAGCUGGAAACAAAAUGGAUGUGGUUCGGGAGGCGUUUACUGUUAGAGGGUUUUGAUUUGAUGUUUUUUUGGCGAAACAAAUACAAAAGAAGAAGUUUGAAGAAGUUCCGAAGAAAUUCGUUCUUGCGUAAUAUGCGACCUUGAGGGGUCUUAUUGCGUACGCCCGCUACUAGGUCAUCUGUCUGGACCACCUAUGAGAACUUAAGCUUUCCGAUGCCGACCCGGCAAAAAUAAACAACACGCCAGAUAGCCUAGCUGUCGUCGCAUCGCUUAUUUCGUGUUGCUCUUUUUGAUUCGUGUUCCCUAGAUUGCAGGGAGGAAGAGCAAGACAGAGGAGACAAGAUACGCC